AAGAAAUACUGCAUAAAAAACACAACGGCAAAAAAGUACACGCUACAACGCGGGUUUUUAUUUUUCAUAGUUGAGGCAUAUAGUCGAAGCCGUUGUUGACCUAUUGGUAAUUUCAGCGCUAUUUUCUUAGCGAGUUUUACGUUGAGCAUACAGUCAAUUAUAUUGACAAGUUUAUCUUUACGCGUGUGAAAAAAAAACAAUGUUUACCGGUAAUAAUUUGACAAGCAACGCCGUGCUGCUGGUCCUGGCCUGCGUAGCGUGGCUGCAGCUGUGCCCGUCGGCCGCCGGUCAAGGCACCGCGGCCAUUGUGCCCGGGAACAUCAACUGCGCGCAGCGGUUCUGUCUGCGCUGCAUCAGCGCCCUGGAAGCGGCCAGUCAAGGCCCGUGUGCGUGCCCCAUCUGUCCGGUUCCCACUAACCCCUGCGACGCGGUUCUGUGCGUAGCCUGUAUGCCGGCCCAACCCCUGGACAGCGCCGCCGCUUCCGGCAAGACCUCCGUCGUGCCCAUUGGGACCGGCUGCUGUCCGGUCUGUGGAUGACCUUUAUUCCCUUGAAUUGGCCCUUCUUACCAUGGGAAUGUCAUGACAACUCACAAGCAAAAUCCAGAAAAAAACUGUAAUACAACCAUGUUGGUUAUUUUGUAUGGAACAUCAUUGUUCCUCAGUUGUAACCCAGUUGUUGAUAGAAUCCGGCGUAAUUAUAAUGGCUCUGUUUUGCCGGCCACCAUGUACUGAUAGAUUUACAGCGCAGCUGUGAUUGUUGUUUGUAGACUGGCAGUGUUGUCGCUAGUGACAACAAAGGUACGCCGCGAAAACAAUAAACAAUCGGC